CAGAUCCUCUGCUGAAAUUCACAUUCAACUAGGCACAGGACCCUGCACGGUGAAUUGGAUCCCUUACUGCGUUUUCCAUCAAAUAGAAAUAAACAACAUGCUCUUCUAGAUACGGCAAGAUUGUUAAGUUUUUACGAAAUGACAGAACCUGGGAAACUUUUAAAUACUGUUUGAAGGGAAGUUACUGCAAAGAGACCACCUGCGGAAGAAAAACAAAACACUUGUUGGUGAACCAGUCUGAUGUUUUCUGGGACCGUAGCAGUGUUGAACGUGUUGACUUGACAACCAGAGGUGACAACCAGGUGAAGCAACCAACCCAAACACACACACAUAGUGUCAGCAUCUCUGGGAGUGUGUGUGUGUGUGUGUGCAUCUGAGAUCGGGAUGCCUUGGAGGGGGCUUGCCUGGUGGACCCCCCACUGACCUCCCCAGAAAACGCCCACUACCCCACCCCCAACCGUUACCCUUCUACCUCCACCCCGGCCUCAGCAUGGCUGGUCUGGUGCUGAAUGAGACAGGCAUGGAGGACUGUGGGAUAGAUGACAGCUUUAAGUAUGACCUGUACAGCGUGGUCUACAGCGUGGUGUUUGUCCUGGGGCUCUGCACCAACUGUGCUGCUCUCUUUGUGUUCUGCUUCCGGAUGAAGCUACGCAACGAGACAACGCUGUUCAUGACUAACCUGGCGUUGUCAGACCUUGUGUUUGUGUUCACACUGCCCUUCAAGGUCUACUACAACGUCAACCGACACUGGCCCUUUGGAGAUGAACUCUGCAAGGUAUCAGGAACAGCGUUCAUCACCAACAUCUACGGUUCCAUGUUGUUCCUCACCUGCAUCAGCGUGGACCGCUUUCUGGCCAUCGUCUACCCCUUCCGCUCACGCUCAGUCCGCACGAGGAGGAACGCAGGCCUGGUGUGCGCUGCGGUCUGGCUCACCAUCGUGGGUGGAGGGAUAUCGGUCACCUUCUUUUCCACGAUCAACCAGGCGAACCGCGCCACGGCCUGCUUCGAGGGAUUCUCCAAGAGCACCUGGAAGACAUACCUGUCUAAGAUCACUAUCUUUAUAGAGAUCGUAGGUUUUCUCCUCCCACUCCUAACCAACCUGGUGUGUUCCUCUCUGGUGCUGAGAACCCUCCGUCGCCCAGGGACCAUCGGCCACGGCUGCAACAGCAAGCGCCGGGUGCUCCGUAUGAUCCUCGUCCACCUGGCCAUCUUCAUCAUCUGCUUCGUUCCCUACAACUCCAUCCUCUUCCUAUAUGCCAUGGUGCGGACCCAGGCUCUGGCCAACUGUAACCUUGAGAGGUUUGUCCGGACGCUGUACCCCAUCACCCUGUGUCUGGCCACCCUCAACUGCUGCCUAGACCCAGUGGUUUACUACUUUACAUCUGAGUCCUUCCAGAAGAGUCUCACCACAGGGGGGAAGGGAGGGGUCCGGGCUGAGAGCAUCCCCCGCAGCGACACACACCUGAGUAGUGAGGCAGAGACGCAGCAGGACACAGGGACACUGACCAGGGAUGGGAGACCGUGGAGAGACACACGGGACUGGACAGUCACCAGGAGAGACUCACAAGAAGCAUCACUCACUAGAAACACCCAGGACGCAUAUGCUCUCGCCAGCAAUGGGAAAGAUACGGGAGUGAAUGAGACUCAGUUCUGACACUACGGGUGAGAGAGAAAUAAAAAGAGAGAGAGAGAUGGAGAAAUAAAAAGAGAGAGAGAGAUGGAGAAAUAAAAAGAGAGAGAGAUGGAGUAAGAGAGCGAGAGGACAGUUCAGGAUGGAGAAAUCAGGUUUCUGAGUCUAAGCCCUAGUUCAAAGCCACUGUAUCUCCGCUCUUUGGAAGAGCAGGGAUUGAAUGCCGUCUGAACAAUGCAGUGUGCCUCGUCAAAAAGUCUGAUGAUAGUUCGGGAGUCUCUGCCGCUCUUUUGGCAUAGUGCAGGUGAAGCCUCUGUUUCCUGCAGCUCGCCUGAGCAGUUCUUCCACUGUCAGGAGAAAUGGUAAUGCAUAUUAAUAUAUGUUAAUUGCAUGCAAAUAAAGGUUGCUUUGCUACCACACCCACAACAGAAAGACAAUCAUGGUCUCAGAUUUGCAGGUAGAGGACUUCUGUGAGAUGUUGCUGUUAUGUCUGAAUUCAACACUUUACCAAUGAUGAAGUCUGUUACAGUGUUGAGAUUGGUUGACUGGGUGAAUAGGGUCAAUAUCAGGGGAUAUCUUUAUCUUUGUAUUUCCGGAUAGCUGACUGGCUCGAUUAGGUCAUAUGUAGCAACAUUUGAAAUUGUGUUUUUUACAUUGGACAAAAGUAGAGACUAGAAAAUUGUACAUUACACAAUACAGU